AUGGCCAAAAAACUGACAUGCAAGCAGUGCGAUGAGAAAAAGCCGACCUGCACCAAUUGUCGCCAGCAUGCAGUCAUCUGUGAUUAUGCCACUGAAACAGCUGCACCAUCCCGACCACCGCGCCGACAAUAUCGCUUCAGACCGUCCAGAUACGAAAUCCAGAUAGACCCGUCAAGUACCACGGACACCAGCAUACAGUCACCCAGUCCAGGACCGACUCCCCCUCCACCUCUAGAGAGCAUCUCCCUGGCAGACCUGCAACUCUUCCACCACUUUGUCACCUCAACCGCCAGAACCGUGACAGAAGGACAAGACCGCAAACACCUAUGGGACAUCCACGUCCCGCAAUGGGGCUUUGCCUUCCCGUCUAUCCUGCAUCUCAUCCUCGCGCUCUCCGCCCUCCACCUGGCGCACCAGCAGCCGGCCAUGCGCGCCCAGUACCUGAAACAAGCAGACGACCACUUCACCUUCGGCGUCCGCUCCGUGACCACCGUGCUCUCCAACCUGAACGAGAACAACUGCCAGUACAUCUACAUCUCGGCCGUGCUGAUCUGCCUCGUGUACUUCGGGCAUGGCCCGCGCGCAGGCGAGUUCCUCGUUUUCAGCGCCUCCGGACAGGCGGAGUGGCUUGUUCUCAUGCGCGGGGUGAAAUCGAUUGUGGAAUCCAGGCGUGCGGAGGUAUUUUCGGGUGUGUUGGCGCCUGAUGCACUGGAGGGGGAGGCUCAGGUAGACUCGGAGUUGGCGGAGGAGCUGGAGCGGCAUAAGGAGCGGAUUCGGGUUGUCCAGGUGUUGAUCCGUGCGGAGACGGGCGACCCAGCAAUUAAAGAGAUGUACGAUUCGGCCCUGUAUGAUCUGCUGCAUAUCUUUGAUGAGGUAUAUCGGAUGAGAGCCGCAGGAAAGCAGGGGGUGAAUCUGAUGCAUCUGGUCAUUGGGUGGUUGUAUCGGCUUUCGGAAGAAUUUGUCGAGUGGCUGGAGGCGAAGGAUCCGCUUGCGCUGGCUGUUUUGGCUUACUGGGCUAUUCUUCUCAAGUACAUGCAGUCUUCGUGGCUGAUGACGGGGUGGGAUGAGCAUGUUCUGGCGGGUAUCCAGGCUUCUCUGCCAGAGGAGCAUCAGCGUUGGAUUGAGUGGCCGGUAGAGUGUAUUUUCGGGGAUAGGCAACCUGGUGUAUGA